GAAGGACUGGUUUGAUCUGAACCACGUGGCCGAGUACGUAGCGCGCCAUCGUCAACUCUUCGUCAAUCCGACCUGUGACUGCGACGACCAUCUCCUCGCCCGUCGCCCAACAUGUACAACGGCAUCGGUCUCACUACUCCUCGCGGGAGUGGUACAAAUGGCUAUGUUGUGCGCAACUUGUCCGCCUUGCGCGCCCACCAGAGCGCAGCCGACCGUGCCAGUGCAUGGGACAUAGCACCCCCAAAGCACAGGGAACCAGAUGCUGCUAUCCUGGAACACGAGAAGAAACGCAAGGUGGAGGUAAAAUGCUUGGAGCUGCAGCUGGAGUUGGAGGAGAAAGGUCUCGAGGAAGACGAAAUCGAGAAACAAGUUGACGAACUGCGCACGAAGUUGCUUGCCAAUCUCAACGCGAUGGCCUCGAAUGCAAAAGGCCUGAAGCCCUCGGAUACGCAUGCCAUUGCCGCUGCAAAGAAGGAGGAGCUCAACAAAAUGGCACGGGCUCUAGGUACUCGCUCGGAUUACACGGAGGGAGAGGCGUUUGACAGGGAGAAGCAAGAGGAGAAUAGGGUGCGGAGGAUGGCGGAGAGAGAGGAGAGGGACAGGCAAAGGGACGAGGAACGCGAAAAGAUGAGGUUGCAGAAAGAGAAGUGGGAGGCCGAGCGGAAAGAACGAGAACGUCUGCGGCGUAGGGAGGAGGACAGGAGGAGGAAGGAGAGGGAAGAGGAGAUGAAUCGCAGGGAACGAAUGCCUCCGCCGCCAAUGCCUCCUCGCGACAGGGAGUACCGCGACAGGCGCAGCCGGAGCCCAGUCCGCCGGGAUCCUGCCGUUCGUGACAGAGACUACGACGAUCGUCGCCGACGGCCUGUGUCGCGCUCGCCUUCACCACCGCCUCGUGGACGUCGCCCGUCUUCACCCUCCCUGUCCCCGCCUCCUCGCGGCCGCCGACCGUCGUCGCGCUCGCCUUCGCCGCCUCCCAGGGCUGCGCGCCGCUUCUCUUCGCGCUCACCCUCCCCUCCGCCUCGCGCGCGUCGCCCCCCUACACGCUCUCCCUCACCUCCGCUUCGCACGCGUCGCCCUCCUACACGCUCUCCCUCACCUCCGCCUCGCCGCGUCCGCCGCCGCUUCGACUCGCGCUCCCCGUCGCCUCAGCCGCCCUACCGUCGUUCAGGCUCAGUUGAACCUCCCUCGCGUGGCGCGCGGGGCAUCUCGGACUCUCCCCCUCCGUACCCACCAAAGUCACCUCCGCCGCGGUAUCGCCGUGACCGCGGCCGCUCGCCCUCGCGCACGCCUUCGCGUUCCCCGCCACGCGGUGCUGGCCGGGGUGGCCGGGACUCACGCUCGCCCUCGCCGCCCGAACUCAGGCAUGCUUCGUCUUUGCCUGAAAAUGCACCUCAUCCUGCGGCGUCGAUUCCUGACGUGCCGUCUACGAAGUACACGGCGGUGACCCAUCCUGAGGACCCGUCCAGCGUUCCCCGCAGUGUCAAGGCCAUGAUCGACCGUUCUUCUGCCUAUGUCCUGCCUGUUUAUGCUCGGCCGCCUGUCAUCAUGUCACACGGGAAGGGGGCGUACAUAUGGGACACUGAGGGUCGUCGCUACCUCGAUUUCAGCGCUGGUAUCGCCGUCAACGCGCUGGGCCAUUCGGACAUGGGUGUUGCCAAUGUAAUGGCGUCGGAAGCGGGCACGCUCUUACACGCGAGCAAUGUAUACCACAACAAAUGGGCGGGCCAGCUCGCAGAGCUGCUCGUGAAGCUCACCCAGCAAGAGGGCGGCCUCGGCUGGGAGACCGGCUCCACGCACCCACCCCAAGGUGCGACCAGCGGCGCGAAGGUGUUCUUCUCCAACUCCGGCACCGAGGCGAACGAGGGUGCGCUGAAGGUCGCGCGGAAGGUGGGGAAGGCGCGCUGGGCCGCGUCCACGGGCAAGUCGUGGGACGACCCCGCCUGCGACAAACACGAGAUCGUCUGCUUCGAACGCGGGUUCCAUGGUCGGUCGAUGGGCGCGCUGAGCGUUACGACGAACCCGAAGUACCAAAAGCCGUUCGCGCCGCUGCUGCCUGGCGUGAAGGUCGGCAGGCUGAACGUUCUGGAAGACCUGGACAGGUUGCUCAGCGAGAAGACGUGCGCGGUCAUUGUGGAACCGAUCCAAGGAGAAGGGGGUGUCCACGCCGCCGAUGUAGCUUGGUUGCAGGCUCUUCGAAAGAAGUGCGACGAAGUUGGCGCGGUGCUCAUUUAUGACGAGAUCCAGUGCGGUCUCUAUAGGACAGGUUCGCUAUGGGCUCAUUCUACAAUGCCGAUCGAAGCACACCCGGACGUGGUCACGAUGGCGAAGCCAUUGGCAAAUGGGUACCCAAUUGGCGCGGUUCUCAUGCGCGACGAUGUGGCGGAGACAAUGACCGCUGGUUCGCACGGGACGACGUUCGGAGGCUCGCCGCUCGCGUGUGCGCUGGGCUUCCACGUCCUGUCACGCAUCUCGGAGCGCUCCUUCGUGUCUAACACUAUGGAGAUGAGUGCAUAUUUGUCGGGGCGUCUCGCUCAAUUGCCGCGGUGGUUCCCGAGUAUGGUGCAGCCGGGGGUUCGGGGACGCGGGCUGAUCAUGGGCCUCGGCUUCAAGGACGCAAGUCAGCCGGGGGAGGUGGUGCAGAUGGCAAGGGAACGGGGCGUGUUGCUGCUGACUGCGGGUAACGAUGCCGUGCGACUUGUUCCCAGCCUGAACAUCGGGCGGACGGAGGUGGACUUGGCGGUGAACGUGAUAGAGAGCUGUCUACAUGUGAUGCAGAAUGCGUAGAUGAAUGCAGUGUCUGAGGCAUAACAUAGGGACUGAGGCGGCCAGCUGACAGGCGACGGCGAGCGGCGGGUGGCGGGGAGGCCCCGGGGAGAGACGGUGGUGCCGGUGGGACGACAGCCACGUCCGACAGGGGACUCGCCGGGUGCACCGAACUGCCAUUCGAAGAUUCGGCGGGCGUCUGCUAAUUGCCACGCCGUGAUUGGCUGCCCCGCUCGCCUCGUCCCAUAAGAGGAAGCCGUCGCUACCCGUCACCGACC